AGUGAGUGAAAUGUGAAACAAAAACCACCUGAGAGCCACGAGACCAAAAGAAAGCACGCCACGUGUCGCGGGUUAUGACAAGCUAAGCUGCCAACCGAUUUGGCGAGACAUCCCUGUCACGCGCCCCACGAAAAACAUUCAUUCUUCUCCUAUUCCGGCAACAAUGGUCCACCUUCAAUCUCAUAUCCUUCGUAUUCCAUACAGGUUUUGAAGGCGUCUAUGGAAUCCACCUCUACGAAAAGCAUUCUCUGAUCCUUUGUCUGCUCUUCUGGCUCCCGAUUUGAAUAUAUCUUAUUUCCAGCUUGGACUCCUCAUAUGGGGGUAAAAAAAAUAGGCAUUAGAUGAAUCGUACCCAGCAGCACCUCACGUUUGAUGCAUCGCUGCUGUUGAGCUUAUUCGGCUUUCCUUCGGCCAAGUCGAACCUCUCGCACCAAAAACGAGGUCAAAAAUGGCUAUUGGAUUUAAAUACUGGGAUGAUUGUGUUGAUCCACAAGACAUGGAAGCAAUGUGGAGUUACCCUCAAGUAUGCGCUGAAUGGUUAGAUGCCGGAGAGUCCAAAACGCAAAAGGUUCACCUCUCACGAGAUCCUGAUGGACAGCCUUAUUUGACUCAGACUGAGAUGAAGGCAGUGACAGAUAUCGUUGUGCAGAGGCACUUUGGUUCCAAAAUAGAUUCUGAAAUGAUCUGUGCCAUAGCAGAACUUGAGAGUGAUAGACAGCCUCUUGCAACACGCUAUGACAAAAAAACCAAGGAAACAACAUUAGGGAUCAUGCAAAUAACACUUAAAACUGCUGAGUGGUUGGUCAGUGAAUUGGGCUAUCAAUCUUAUGGACUAGAAGGGAACCCAGAAGUUCUGAAUAAGCCCUUUGUCAGUGUAUAUUUUGGGGCUGCUUACCUUAAAUGGUUAUCGAACUUUGAGCAGAAAGAAAGAAGUGAAGAGUUUGUAGUUAGGGCCUAUAGAGGUGGUAUAAAAAAGGCGACUCACAAAACAACUUUACCAUACUGGAAACGAUAUCUAUCAGUAAAAGAAAGUCUUCCAUCCAGGAAACAUAUCAAUGAAGUCUCCACCUCUGCUGCAUCCCCUCCACCUGCUUCAGGGAAUACAGAGGACGCAGCUAUUACUUAUACAUCUUGGGAUUGUCGAGCUACCCCUGAGGACAUGGAAGAGAUGUGGAAUAAUCCUGAUGUUCAAAAAGAGUGGACUAAAUCUGGAGAGAAAAAGGGCAAAGUACGGUUUUCUCAUGAUUUAAAGAAAAGACCCUAUGUUUCCCGAGUAGAGUUGAAGGCCAUUGCUGAGAUUAUUCUUUCAAAACAUUUCAGUACAAAAGGAGUUAAACCAACUGUUCUAUGCGCUUUAGCAGAGGUAGUCAGCAUGCGGUUCAUUAAUGGAGUUGGAUCGCGUCCUGGAAUAAUGGGGAUUGACUAUUCAACUGCAUUUUGGCUCUAUAUGGAGUUGAGCUACAGAGCAUACAGACUUGAUUCUACUGACGAUUUAACCAAGCCAUUUGUGUCCAUGUAUUUCGGUGCUGCCUACUUGGCUUGGUUAUCCGACUAUGAAGGGAGGGAACGAACUCGCCAGUUUGUUGUUCAGGCUUAUAUAGCAGGGCCGCAAAAUGUAGAUCUUCAAGAGACAGGUCCUCUUUGGCUGAAAUUUGAGGAAGCGUUGAGCAACUACGAAGACAAUAAAAGUGGCGGUCAAGGAAGCUGUUCCAUCAUGUAAAGCAGGCAUUUAUCUCACUAUCUGUUUUCAUCCGUAAGUCGUCCAUCAUGACUUGAUGUCUCACGACAAUAAAAGGCUGGAAGCUAGAUAUUCUUUCUUUUACACGACAAAACUGAACACUACUUGGAAGUUCUUUUAUACAGUACUGGAACAUUACCAAAACAUGCGUUCCAUUAAUUCCUUAUAUUCAUAUGCUGACCACUAUAUUUCAGUGUCGGCAGCUGCUAUCUUUGGGUUUUCAAUAGAAUUCCUAAGGAAGAUUAGAAAUUAGAGCCAAAGCUUUUGAAAACAUGAAUAAAAGGCAGUUGGUAGUGUGAAUAUAGCAAGAAUGAAGCACCCCUGUCUUGCCUGAUUAUGCAAUAUAUUUUUCUUCCCCGUCA